UUUAAUUUGUUCUUUAUCAGGUUGAUGGAAAACUUCACCUUCAACAGCGUCACUCUCCAGCUGGAGAGUCUGAAGGUCUCCCAGGUUUCCCUGUACCCCAUCUUCUUCUUUUUCCUUUUCUCCUACCUGUUCAUACUGAUUGUCAAUGUCGCCAUUAUGGUGCUGAUCUUCACAGACAGCAGCCUCCACCAGCCCAUGUACCUGCUCUUCUGUAACCUGACAUUCAAUGACGUAUUUGGAAAUUCGAUCCUAUUGCCUCGGCUGCUCUUGGACAUGUUGAAGCCUCCUUCGAAGAUCCUCAUCAGUUACAACGAGUGUGUGGUUCAGGCUUUCAGCACACAUCUGUUCGGAACCACGUCCCACACGAUUCUCAUGAUCAUGACCUUUGACAGAUACGUGGCCAUCUGUAAUCCUCUGCGUUACGCUGCCAUAAUGACCAACAAAAUGGUGGUGAAGCUGACGGUUUCAGCCUGGGGCGUGGCCUUCGUUCUGGUCGGGAUUCUGCUCGGCCUGACCGUUCGGUUGAAUCGAUGCAGGACUUUGAUCACUAACCCGUACUGUGACAACGCCUCGUUGUUUAAGCUGUCAUGUGAGAGCGUGUUCAUCAACAACAUCUAUGGCCUCGCCUUCACCGUGGUUUUGUUAACAUCCUCCAUCGGCAGCAUCGUCCUCACUUACAUGAAGAUCACGGUAGUCUGUCUGACCAGCAAGAGCAAGUCCUUGAACAGUAAAGCCCUGAAGACCUGCAGCACUCAUCUGAUCGUCUAUGUGAUCAUGCUUUUUUGCGGACUGCUCGUCAUCGUGCUGCAUCGCUUCCCACAGUUCUCAGACUACAGAAAACUGUGUGCCAUUUUGUUCCACAUCAUCCCCGGCACCUUCAAUCCGGUCGUUUAUGGGGUUCAGUCACAACAGGUGAAAAAAUUCAUAGCUAAGUUGUUCCGGUCCAAAAAGGUGGACCUGUCAAAGACGUAA